GCUGCGCCGGCGUCUCAGGCUCUGAGGCCCGGGCGCCGCGGCUCUUUUGUUUCUCCGUUGGGGCCGAGCCCGGGCCCUAGUUGGAGCCAGAGUCGGAGUCGGAGUCGGAUCCAGAUUCGGAUUAGCAGCCCGGGAAGGGUGCCGCGGCACAGGCGCCGGAGGGAGCACGACUCUCGGACCCCGCCUGGCCCACGGGGCUGGGACCCGGGCCCGGCCUGCCCGAUGGGGCGCGCGGCCCCGGAGAUGCGCCCUCGCCCGGCCCCGCGCCCCCGGCCCCGCGCCCCCGGCCCGCCCGCCCCGGCCCGCGCCUCCGCCUGAGUCCCCCGUGCCUUGGCCCGCCACCCCCCGCCCGGCGCCCCCGGCCCGCCCGCGCCAUGGAGCCCGGCCGCGGCGGCACAGAGACCGUGGGCAAGUUCGAGUUCUCCCGCAAGGACCUGAUCGGCCACGGCGCCUUCGCGGUGGUCUUCAAGGGCCGCCACCGCGAGAAGCACGAUUUGGAGGUCGCCGUCAAGUGCAUUAACAAGAAGAACCUCGCCAAGUCUCAGACGCUGCUGGGGAAGGAAAUCAAAAUCCUGAAGGAACUGAAACAUGAAAACAUCGUGGCCCUGUACGACUUCCAGGAAAUGGCUAAUUCUGUCUAUCUGGUAAUGGAGUACUGCAACGGUGGGGACCUGGCCGACUACCUGCACACCAUGCGCACGCUGAGCGAGGACACCAUCAGGCUCUUCCUGCAGCAAAUCGCGGGCGCCAUGCGGCUUCUGCACAGCAAGGGCAUCAUCCACCGCGACCUGAAGCCGCAGAACAUCCUGCUGUCCAACCCCGCCGGCCGCCGCGCCAACCCCAACAGCAUCCGCGUCAAGAUCGCUGACUUCGGCUUCGCGCGGUACCUCCAGAGCAACAUGAUGGCGGCCACGCUCUGCGGCUCCCCCAUGUACAUGGCCCCCGAGGUCAUCAUGUCCCAGCACUACGACGGGAAGGCAGACCUGUGGAGCAUCGGCACCAUCGUCUACCAGUGCCUGACGGGGAAGGCGCCCUUCCAGGCCAGCAGCCCCCAGGACCUGCGCCUGUUCUACGAGAAGAACAAGACGUUGGUCCCCACCAUCCCCCGGGAGACCUCCGCCCCGCUGCGGCAGCUGCUCCUGGCCCUGCUGCAGCGUAACCACAAGGACCGCAUGGACUUCGAUGAGUUUUUCCAUCACCCUUUCCUCGACGCCAGCCCCUCGGUCAGGAAAUCCCCACCUGUGCCUGUGCCCUCGUACCCAAGCUCGGGGUCCGGCAGCAGCUCCAGCAGCAGCUCCACCUCCCACCUGGCCUCCCCACCGUCCCUGGGCGAGAUGCAGCAGCUGCAGAAGACCCUGACCUCCCCGGCUGACACCGCUGGCUUCCUGCACAGCUCCCGGGACUCUGGUGGCAGCAAGGACUCCUCCUGUGACACAGACGACUUCGUCAUGGUCCCUGCGCAGUUUCCAGGUGACCUGGUGGCUGAGGCGCCCAGUGCCAAACCCCCGCCAGACAGCCUGAUGUGCAGUGGGAGCUCACUGGUGGCCUCUGCGGGCUUGGAGAGCCACGGCCGGACCCCAUCUCCAUCCCCACCCUGCAGCAGCUCCCCCAGUCCCUCAGGCCGGGCUGGCCCGUUCUCCAGCAGCAGGUGCGGCGCCUCUGUCCCCAUCCCAGUCCCCACGCAGGUGCAGAACUACCAGCGCAUUGAGCGAAACCUGCAGUCACCCACCCAGUUCCAAACACCUCGGUCCUCUGCCGUCCACAGGUCAGGCAGGGCUACUGAGGCCUCCCCUCCUCAUAUCUACCUUGUCUUCAGGUCCUCUGCCGUCCGCAGGUCAGGCAGCACCAGCCCCCUGGGCUUUGCAAGGGCCAGCCCCUCGCCCCCUGCCCACGCUGAGCAUGGAGGCGUCCUGGCCAGGAAGAUGUCUCUGGGUGGAGGCCGGCCCUACACGCCAUCCCCUCAAGUUGGAACCAUCCCUGAGCGGCCAGGCUGGAGCGGGACGCCCUCCCCACAGGGAGCUGAGAUGCGGGGUGGCAGGUCCCCUCGUCCAGGCUCCUCUGCACCCGAGCACUCUACCCGCACUUCCGGGCUGGGCUGCCGCCUGCACAGCGCCCCCAACCUGUCUGACUUGCACAUCGUCCGCCCCAAGCUGCCCAAACCCCCCACGGACCCGCUGGGAGCCGUGUUCAGCCCACCACAGGCCAGCCCUCCCCAGCCAUCCCACGGGCUGCAGUCCUGCCGGAACCUGCGGGGCUCACCCAAGCUCCCUGACUUCCUGCAGCGGAACCCCCUGCCCCCCAUCCUGGGCUCCCCCACCAAGGCUGUGCCCUCCUUCGACUUCCCAAAGACCCCCAGCUCCCAGAACCUGCUGGCCCUCCUAGCCCGGCAGGGCGUGGUGAUGACGCCCCCUCGAAACCGGACGCUGCCCGACCUGUCUGAGGUGGGGCCCUUCCAUGGUCAGCCACUGGGCCCUGGCCUGCGGCCAGGCGAGGACCCCAAGGGUCCCUUUGGCCGAUCUUUCAGCACCAGCCGCCUCACUGACCUGCUCCUUAAGGCGGCGUUUGGGACACAAGCCCCGGACCCGGGCAGCACGGAGAGCCUGCAGGAGAAGCCCAUGGAAAUCGCACCCUCAGCUGGCUUUGGAGGGAGCCUGCACCCAGGAGCCCGUGCUGGGGGCGCCAGCAGCCCCUCCCCGGUGGUCUUCACCGUGGGCUCUCCCCCGAGCGGGAGUACGCCGCCCCAGGGCCCCCACACCAGGAUGUUCUCAGUGGGCUCCACUGGCUCUGCUGGCUCUUCUGCCCGUCACCUGGUGCCUGGGGCCUGCAGCGAGGCCCCAGCCCCUGAGCUCCCUGCUCCAGGACACGGCUGCAGCUUUGCCGACCCCAUUGCUGUGAACCUGGAGGGGGCUGUGACCUUCGAGGCCCCCGACCUCCCUGAGGAGACCCUCAUGGAGCAAGAGCACACCGAGAUCCUGCGUGGCCUGCGCUUCACGCUGCUGUUCGUGCAGAACAUCUUGGAGAUUGCAGCCCUGAAGGGCAGCGCCAGCGAGGCGGCGGGGGGCCCUGAGUACCAGCUGCAGGAGAGUGUGGUGGCCGACCAGAUCAGCUUGCUGAGCCGAGAAUGGGGCUUCGCGGAACAGCUGGUGCUGUACCUGAAGGUGGCCGAGCUGCUGUCCUCCGGCCUGCAAACUGCCAUUGACCAGAUCCGGGCCGGCAAGCUCUGCCUGUCGUCCACCGUGAAGCAGGUGGUGCGCAGGCUGAAUGAGCUGUACAAGGCCAGCGUGGUGUCCUGCCAGGGCCUGAGCCUGCGGCUGCAGCGCUUCUUCCUGGACAAGCAGCGGCUCCUGGACCGUAUCCACAGCAUCACCGCCGAGAGGCUCAUCUUCAGCCAUGCUGUGCAGAUGGUGCAGUCGGCUGCCCUGGACGAGAUGUUCCAGCACCGUGAGGGCUGCGUCCCGCGCUACCACAAGGCCCUGCUGCUCCUGGAGGGGCUGCAGCACAUGCUCUCGGACCAGGCCGACAUCGAGAACGUCGCCAAGUGUGAGUGCCAGGCUGGGCUGGGGGCUGGGGGCUCUGGGCGUCUCCCUCACGCUCCCCUCUCCCUCCACAGGCAAGCUGUGCAUUGAGCGGAGACUCUCGGCGCUGCUGACUGGCAUCUGUGCCUGACCUUUCUGGCCUGGCUGGGCCCCUGGUCCUGCCGAGCCCUGCAGAGUGGGCUGUGUGUGCAGGGUGGGCUCUGUGUGCUGGCUGGACUCCUCGGGACAAGCGCAUGGCGCUGAUCGCUGGUGCUGAGCCCUGCCCUGGGCCCCAAGGACAGUCAGCCUGCUGGCCUCCCUGCAGCUCACGGGGCAGAACCAGCACAUCUGGAGCCACACAGCUUGGACAGUCAGCCUGCUGGCCUCCCUGCAGCUCACGGGGCAGAACCAGCACAUCUGGAGCCACACAGCUUGGGGGUGUCUCCCAUCUUUUACAGGUGGGGAUCACAAUUUCUGCCCUCCGGCUGCCUGGCACAGCAGGCAUGGGUGCCACCACCCUCUAGCCCCAGGGCAGCCCCGGAGGACAGGCAAGGGCCUGAGACCGCUGCCGACUCAAAGCCAAAGUGAGCUCCUGCUUAGGACAGGUCAGCAGGCACUGUGCCCAGGAAGAGCCUGCAGCCUUGGCAUCCCCCAGUCUCCAGGAGCCUCUCCCUCCGAGAUACCCACCCAGCUUUGUCAAUCACCCAAGCACUUUAUGCAGAUAGAGACAGAACCUGGACCUCCCCAGGGACUGCUGGGCAGUGAUUCCUGGCAGUGACCCGGUGUUUGUACAUACACAUAUGCGGACACAUGCCAGGGCCCCCAAGCCUGAGCACCGGACCACGUUGCUGCCCAGGUCUGGACCUCGGGGAGAACUGGCUCCCGGGGGUGUGGGGCCCUGCGCUAGAGGCAGAGGCAGUUCUUUGUUCAAGCGUUCCUCUAGGGACCGGCAGCAGAGGCACCGUGUUCUCUCAGCCCUGGAUAAGUCUUGUAAUCUUUCACACUUUAUUCCUAAAAUGUGUCUUAUUUUUAUGCAGCUCAUUUUUCUUUAAAGGAGAAAACUUGUAGGUGUUUAAGAAUUGGUUUUGGGAGGGCGAGGUCUGGGCCAGGUUAGAGGCAGAUGGUGCAGGGGCGUGUGGCGGGCGGGUGAGGCUGCUUUGCACACCUGUGUCGGUGGCUGUCCCCUGCCGCCCCUCCCUGUGGCAGCAGCAGGACAGGUGUGUGCCCAGCACCCUCCCCACCUGGGCCUGGAGGCAGAUGAGGGGAAUACUUCAUGCAAAGAAAAAAGUAACAUGUGCAAAAGCUCCCCGUCCAGCUUUGACAGUCAGUUUUGAUGUCAGCUCCUCGGCAGGGUAGGCCUGAUGACAGCCCUGUCCCUCCCUGCCUCUGCCUUGCCCAGGACCACGGAGGGCGUCCGCAGAGAGGCCUGCUUUCUGGAUUCCAGGCAGGCACGCGCUGCAAACCCCGCCUGGGCCUCCCUUGGUCUGCCCAGCCCUCGGUUAGCCCUGCCUGAAUCAGUAGAUACUUGAACGAGUCCCCAGUCUGCGGGAGGCAGCGGUGGGGCCAUGGACCCACGCGGGGGGUUCCAGGGUCACACGCCACAUAACAGACAAAAAUACACACACGUGUGUUUUUCUUUGCAAUACUUGAAAUAUUGCCACUGUGCUUGGACUUAGAAGAAGAAAAUCCCCGUGACUUCUUCCUCGUCACCUUGAUGGCUUUAUUCUCACCUUGUGGGGCAUGUUAGUAUUUAUUGCUUCAUGGCCGACUGGAAUCCUGAGUCCUGGGAAGCUGGCACUGCGGGGAUCUUGCCCGGCGUCCUGGUCCUCUUGCUUCUGUCGCGGCCACGUGUGCGUGUGUCCAAGCAGGUCCUGGGCGCCUCAACUGCUGCCCCUGGUUGAAUGUUCUCUUGAUAGUGCUGGACCCUUUGUCUGUUUUAAAGCAAAUUUUGUGUGAUUUCCUGCCCUUUGCGUUAUAUUGUGUAAUAUCAAUUUAAGGAAAUAAACCUUUGGAAUUGUU